UUGCCUUCUCACAGCUGAAGGCUACAGUUUUGACACGGUCUCACUUCCUGUUUACACCACAGGAAGCAAGAGAGCUGUUGCCACUCCACGCACUGCAGGAAGACACGGCAGGGGGAACCCCCUGCACCCUUGCAUGCUGCCCGGGACCUGGAGUCACCCCGCAGUCUAUAGCCUCCACAGAGGACCAGCCAGGGAAGAGAGCCAACCCAGUGCAUCAAACAUCCCCCAUAAAACACCCACUGCUUAAGAGGCAGGCUCGGAUGGACUAUAGCCUUGACGCCACAGCCGAAGACCCUUGGAUUAGAAUUUCUGACUGCAUCAAAAACUUAUUUAGCCCCAUAAUGAGUGAGAACCAUGGCCACAUGCUGCUACAGCCCAAUGUCCACUUGGGUGAGGAAGAUGGGACACAGGGCCACUCAGAUGGGGCCCUGGCAAAGUUGGACGCUGCCAAUGGUGCUCCCAAAGUUUACAAGACAGCAGACAGCAACACUGUGAAGAAAGGUCCUCCUGUGGCCCCCAAGCCAGCCUGGUUUCGCCAAAGCUUGAAAGGUUUGCGGAAUCGUGCUCCAGACCUCAAAAGGCUGCCCAGUGCAGCCUCACCCACCCAGCCAACACCUGCACCCAGGGAGCAUUCUGGGCCUCACCCGCGGGCCUCCUCCUCCAUCAAGCAGAGAAUCAGCUCUUUUGAAACAUUUGGCUCCUCUCAACUUGCAGAUAGAGGAGCCCAGAGACUAAGCCUCCAAUCCCCCCUUGGAGACGGAGCAAAACCUUCUGGAAAGCAAGAGGGAGGACGGGUUUCUGGCCUCUUUGUGCGAGGGGCUCCAUCCACAGGUGAGCAACAGCAGUCAGAGAAAGAGCAGCUGCCCCCAGCUUCCCCUGCGGCUUCAGAAGCUAGAGACACCAGUGUGUCUGAGUCCCCUCCCCCAGGGCUGCAGCUCACUCAGAAGACCCCUGCCACUGACCCAGACCCUCUUCUGAGGCUGCUAUCCGCACAGACUGAGGAAUCGCAAGGCCCCGUUGUCAAGACGCUGAGCCAGCGGGCACGGAGCUUCCCUCUGUCCAGGACCCAGUCCUGUGAAGUGAGGCCAUUGGAUGAAAAGACCAGUAGACUGUACUCCAUCAGCAGCCAAGUGUCAUCGGCUGUCAUGAAAUCUUUGCUCUGCCUUCCGUCUUCAGUCUCCUGUGGCCAGAAUCCCUGCAUCCCCAAGGAAGGGGCACCUCCAACGCCAUCAUCCAACGAAGACCCAGCAAAUAGUUCUGCUGAAAUGUCUGCCUCAGACACGGGGUUCUCGCUCAACCUUUCGGAGCUGAGAGAAUACACAGAGGGCCUGACGGAGCCGAAGGAAGCUGACGACUGGAACCACAGUUCCCCUCAGGCUGGCCAAUCUGUUAUCUCUCUGCUGAGCUCAGAGGAACUGAAGAAGCUCAUAGAGGAAGUGAAGGUUCUGGAUGAAUCAAUGUUAAAGCAAUUAGACAGCAUCCAUGUCACCAUCUUGCACAAGGAGGAAGGGGCCGGCCUUGGUUUCAGCUUGGCAGGAGGAGCAGAUCUAGAAACCAAGGUGAUCACGGUUCACCGAGUGUUCCCAAAUGGGUUGGCUGCCCAGGAAGGGACUAUUCAGAAGGGCAAUGAGGUCCUGUCCAUCAACGGGAAGUCUCUCAAAGGGGCCACGCACACAGAUGCCCUGGCCAUCCUCCGCCAAGCUCGGGACCCACGGCAAGCUGUGAUUGUCACGAGGAAGCCAGCUUUGGAGGUCACGCCGGACCUGAACUCCUCCACUGACUCUGCAGCCUCAAUCUCUGUAGCCAGCGAUGCGUCUGUAGAAUCCACAGCAGAGGCCAUGGUCUGCACAGUGACGCUGGAGAAGACCUCUGCAGGGUUGGGCUUCAGCCUGGAAGGAGGAAAGGGCUCACUGCACGGAGACAAGCCUCUCACCAUUAACAGGAUAUUCAAAGGUCAAGGAGUUGGAACCGAGACAUUUAGGAAGCUGCCCACCCCCAGAUGUUCAGAGAAAGCAGCUGAGGCCCAGAGAGGGACAGGGGCCAGCAAGUGAACAACAUGAAGGAUGGCAUGUCUACCCUGGUGGUGGCUUUUUUUCCUCUGCUCAUACCCUAUCUCACCACGGAGCAUUAAGCCUGAAGGUCAGGGACCUCCUCGAAUCUCAAAGCCUCAGCACCAUUCAGAAUCUACGUCUGUCUUGCUCACCAACCUCCAUCCAUUCCACCUUUGCUGAGACCUUCACUCUUCUCUCUGCUCCUCCUCCCACUGGGCCAGCUGAAGGCCUCAUCCCCUCUCACCUGUACUUUCAACAGCAGUGUCCCAAGUGGACCAUCUGCCUCCAGUCUCAUCCUGCACCAAUCCAUCCUGCGCACUGCUAGAAGACAAACCUUCUAAACUCAGGGCUCUUCUAGCUAAUCACUUGCCGAGAAAUCAAGAAUGGCUACCCACAAUCUACAUAAUUAGCAGAUUCUUCAGCGCAGCAUUUAUGGCCCUCCUCAACCUGGCGCCAGACUUCCUUCCACUCCCUUCUCCAAUGAACUACUGUUCCAGGUUCACACUCUAUAUUCCUGUUGGUGCCUUGACUUUUACUCUUCCCUCUGCUUUGAAUGCUAUCUCCUAUUAUACCUACCUGUUGAAAUCCUGCCUUACUUUCAAAAUUCAAUUAAAAAAAAUCCUUCUCAAUUCCUGCGGCAGAUAUUGGAUGAGUAUUCAUGGUUCUUUGGACUUCGUAAAACAGUUAACAUUGAGUCGAUUCCAACGCAUGGUGACUCCACGUGUGUCACAGUAGGACUGUGCUCCACAGGGUUUCAAUGGCUGAUUUUUGGGGAGUAGAUUGCCAGGACUCUCUUCUGAGGUGCCCCUAGGUAGCCUCAAAUUUCCAACCUUUUAGUUAGUAGCCAAGCGCAUGAACCUUUUGUACCACCCAGGGACUCCCAUAGUCUUUUAUAUAUUCCAUUUAUAACAUAUUCAACCCUCCCGUCACUGCAGUCAUUAACAUCAUCUCCUUCCCUAAUCACCUGCUCAGAAGUGCCUUAUCAGGAACUCUACACAGCAUGCUAAGGCCAAGUUCGCUGAUACCCAUGGGGACCAGCGCCCAGAGCUUUGCUCACAGUCAGGAUCCAUAGAUGACUGCUGAAUUGCUUGACUUGAGACUAUAGUCCUAACACCUUCAAACAGAUAUGUGUUGGCAAAACCUAGUUCUGGGAUGAAUGGUUUCUGAAUGCUGCCCCUGAGUGGCUUCAUCAGAAAGAUCUGGGCAGGUGUGAGUUAAAAAUACUGAUUCUUGGUACACCACCAGCCCUAUUGAAUCAGUGUGUUGGGGCAGGGUUGGCUAGAAAUCUAUAUUUUUAAAAGCUCUUGCCCCCAAGGUCCUCCUUACUGCCUCCCGGGAUUCUGAGGCAUUGCCAUGAUUGGGCACCACUGAGCUAAAACUGCGCAUGCAGACUUCUCUCUGGGCUGGAAACAUAAACGGGCAAAUGAGAAAUUUUACCCAGCGACCAUGUUCCCCUCUGGGUGAGCACUGGGCUUUAUGGGAGGAAAGACAUAUGGCUGAGGAAGAAGCAAAUCAAUACAUCACAAAGUGACCACGUGAAUGAUGGCUACUGCAGGUACACCACUAUGGGACGUCAACAGAAGGAGAAAAAAGGGCUCAGAGAGGUGCUCUAAGUCGCCCAGUCUCCUCAUAGAAAAAGCUGGGAUAAUGAUACCCACUGCCAGUUUGUUAUAAAAAUUAAUUAAAAUAACAAGUGUAAAGCACUUAGCAUAACUCCUGGGCACAGAGAACCACCAACCAACCCCCUUGCCAUCAAGUUGAUUUCGAUUCACAGCGAUUCCAUGUGUUACAGAGAAGAACUACUACAUAGGGUUUUCUUGGCCGUAAUCUUUACAGAAACAGAUGGCCAGAAAUACUUCCACUAUAAUUAGACUCCUCCACCUUGAAAACAACCCAGAAUCCAACACCUCUUCCCUCCUUCACAGCUGCCACUCUGAGUUGUCAUCACCACCAUCUCUCAUCUAGACUACCGCUACGCCUAACUAGUCCCUCUGCUCUUGCUCAUGGUCUCCUACAUUCUAGAUCCAUCACAGCAGCCAAUGUGGUCCAGUUAAUGCUGAAGUCAGAGCAGGUCCCACUUGUUCAAAACUCUCCAAUGGUUUCCCAUUUUAUUGACAGGAAAUGCCCAAGUCUUCACAACGCUACAGGGUCUGGCCCAGCUACCUCUCUGAACACAACUCCUACCCUCUCCCCUUGCGCGCUGUGUUCCGGCCGCAAGAGCCUCUGAGCUGAUCCCUAAAUGCUCCACACCUGCUUCCACGUCAGGGACUUGGGACCUGCUCAGCCCUCUGCUAGGAGCACUGCCCAGAUAUACCAUGGCUCCUUUACAGGCAUUUUUCUCAAAUGCCAUAUACCAGUGAGGCCCGCUCCCACUUUUCCCUGGCAUCUGCAUUUGGCUUUAGUUUUCUCCAAGGCUUUUACCCCAACCCCUGAUAAUUGCACGUGCGUACAUCUGCUGUGACCUGUGUGUUUGCUUUUCCCACUAGAAUCUCAACUCCAAGAGGAGUUUAUCUGUUCUGAGAGGUCAGUACAUGGAUCAGGAGAAUAGGUUCUGGAGACAGGUGCCUGGGCUUAAAUUCUGGCUCUAUUACUUCCUGGCUGUGUGAUCAUGGGCAUUUUACUUAACCUCUCUGUGCCCCAGUUUCCUUAUCUAAAAGAUGGGAAUAAUAAUAGCACAUUAGGGUUGUUGUAAGAAUAUGCAGAGUGCUUAGAGCAGUGCCUGACACACAGCAGUGCUGUCUAAGUGUUUGCUGCUGCUCCUGUUGUUCCCCAGUGCCUAGAACAAGCCUGUAUGUGUAGAAUGAUAAUGGAGUAAUCACCAACGUGGGCUUCAGACUUAUAAGAAGAGCUCUCCAUGUGGCAGACUUUGACAUAAAGCUUUCUUGGGGACAUAAAGUGCUUUUCAUCAGGCCGACAAGAGGUGGGAGAUCAAGGCUCGAGUCAAAAUCUGCAUGCUAGUGGGUCUGGUGGAACCUUCCUGACCCCAAUCACUCCAUCUGCAAGAUUCACGCAAUCAUCUCUGCUACCUGGCAUGAGAUGUGAUGGUCUCUUCCCAUUGUGCGUUGCCAUGGAAAUCAGCCCCUAAGAAGAAACGGCUCGCCUCUUACUCUGAAAAUCACUGUCAGACCUGGUGACAUCAAAGGGCAGGUUCUGACACCUGGCUCUGCCAGGUAGGAGGAGAAGAGAAUGAGGCAGAGGUCAGUGCCCCCAGCCCAAGUCAUGGGAUCUGGGCCAGCUCUGUAUUUGUUUGCUUGUUUUUAAAGCAAAAAUAAAGGUUUUACUCAGCAUAUAUUCAAAGAGGCAAAAGUAGGACAUGGACAAGCAUGCUGCCUGAGCCCUAUCUGCUCGAAUCCAAGGAGUAUCACAGAAUAGGCAAAAGUCAGAAAGUGGACAAGUAUGCUGCUAGAGCCAUAUCUGUCAGAUUCCAAGGAACGUUACAAAAUCAUCAGGAUGUAUGACCAUUACAAAUGGGCAAAACCAUUGAAAGCUUCACCUUUUCACGUAGUGGCUAGAAACCGUUAGGUCAUUGUGAUUCUACAUUUUGAAUUGUCUUUCUUAACGAUCAUUGGUACAGGUUUCAGUAAUGACAGUCAGGAGGGUCUUCAUUCGUCCAGCAAAUCUUACUCCUCGCUAAAGGCUAACAGAAAAAGAUAAGAGUGGAAAGUAUGUGGGUCUUUUGUGCUGUGUUUAAUGAUUUGUUUAUGUGAAACAUUGCCAAAAGAUGUUUCCAGGAUUGUCCUAGCUAUAAUCUUUAUACUUCCAGGCCUAGUUGACGUGUCCUCGUGAGUCCUUGUGGGUCCUUGAGUCUGGAUCCAGUUUGGUCACAUUCUUUAUACUCAAGGGCAGGGAAUAAUGGCUCCAAUAUUAUCUCCUAAAUCAUUCCCUCCUUUUGAUUGCAGAUUGGAGAUAACACAUUGAUGAUCAAUACCUGGACUUAGCUGGGCUCCUAGAUGGUGGCCAUGGCAGGUUCUUUAAAUGCAUGGUGUUGGUCUUCCAUCAGAAACCACCUGGUUCUUCACCAGGGCAGUCCUGUAUUUGGGGGCCAAAGUUGAGUGUAGGAGUGUGUUUGUGUGCUGGAGCCCAUUAUGGUAUUUUUAAACUCAUACAAUUUUGUUAUGUUUAACAUCUUUUAAGAGAUGUUUAAAAAGCCAGCUUAGCAAAGAGUAUCCCAGAGGUGAUGGGUCUGGGUGUUCAGUAAAAUGUUACAACACCAAGGCUCAUCUCAUGGGAUUGUGUGCUGAGAACACAAACUAUUUCCUCUCCUGGUGGAUGUACAGGGACUGCAAGGUUACACUGGGACACACCCUCAGGUGCAAUUUCUUUCAUUGUCAACUUGGGUGGCUUCCAGGAUCCACCAGUGACCUGAAUUGCACAGAAAAGCUCCUGGUAAAAACCUGGCCACGACUGUGAGAAGAUGGGAACAGAACAGUUCCCAAGCUCAAUUCUGCUGUCGGCUCAAGAUGUAAAGAGUGACUCAGAGUCACUCUUCAGUGCCUAGGCACCUUGUCCCAUUCCUUGUCUGGGGUGACAAUCACCUGCUGAAAUGUGGGUGGUGACAGCUGCUCCAGGCUGGUAGAUCAUGCUCAAAGAGCACCCAAGAGACUACUUGGGGCUCAGGUCCUGCUCUGCUGACCUCCCAGCCUCUAACCCUGUAUAGAGAGCACUCAGGCUCUGCUCUGCUGACCUCCCAGCCUCUGACCUUCCCCAAGCCUCAGUUUACUCAUCUGCUCAAUGGGACCAUGACACUUGCCCAACGUGACCUAGGGAGCUUGAGGCAGGAUUCCCCAAAUCAAAAACAAGAAUAAUGCCUCUCCACAAUUCUUUCCCAUUUGCCAGAUGCUAUCAUGUAUUGGAAACCCUGGUGGCAUAGUGGUUAAAAGCUAUGGCUACUAACCAAAAGGUCGCAAUUCAAAUUCACCAGGUACUCCCUGAAAACCCUGUGGGGCAGUUCUACUCUGUCCUACAGGGUCGCUAUGAGUCAGAAGUGACUCAAUGGCAACAAGCUUUUUACGUGUCAUGUAUUAUGUCACUGAUGUGUAUGCAAUAGUGUUUAGUAACAUCAAAGCCUAAAGAGCUGUUAGGCAUUUUUAUUACUGGGAAUCUUAAUCAAUGUGCCCGAUGUAAUGGAAUGGCCACAGUUAAGAACGGAGAAUGUAAUUCAGUUCAGGAGAUUGUUCUUACCCUGGCAGAGGCUCACAGAAGCAACCACAAGGGUGGUUAAAUCCUCUCACAUAACCUGGCUUCGGAGGACAUAAUGGAUGCUCAACAUUGGUAGCUGGAAGGGAGAGCAGACGGUCAGUGAACCAGAACUUCAGACAGUCAGGCUGCUGCCACUGACCUGUCUUUGUUGGGCACCCAGAGUGCAUGCGGACUCAACCACCCAGGGCUAGGGGAGUCAGCAAGAGGACUGUUACGUGGCCCUGAGUUCCCUCCUACACUCUUCCCAGUGCCCCUUACACCUAUACACAUACACACAUUCAUGCUCACACAUACAUCACACAGACACACACACUCAUACACACAAACUCACGUAUACACAGUCCCACACACACUCACUCAUACAUUCACGCACACACACAUUCACGCAAACUCACACCCACUCACUCAUAUACAUUCACACACACAGGCACACAAACAUAUACACACAUUCACAGGAAAUCAUCCAAAUUCACACCCAGUCACUCAUAUGCAUUCACGCACACAUUUACACACAUCUUCCUACAGCCAGCUUCCCCAAGCCUGCCAGAAUAUUAGAGAAAAGAACAUUUCAGAAGGUAAGGCUUGGGGGUACGAGGAGGAAGACACCCCCUCUCAAAUCACAGCCAACAGAGGCGUCACCCCCACGUGGAGAUCAGAGGAAAGGGCAGGGGCAGGAGCUCUGCUCUUGCCUGCAGAGAAGGAACGGACCAGCAUCACAGCCUUCUCAGAGUGGCACUCCCAUGGGUUCACAAAAUCCUUGCACGCUGAGCUUUUGUGAAGCUAAACUUGAACCUUCAGGCACAAACUACGAGCCCUCAGCAGGAAUAAAAAAGGCAUCGAUACAAUCUGGGACUUAAAAAUGAAGUCGCUGGCAUGGUGACUCUUCCACCUCAGACCUCCAUGGCCCAGAAUUCCCCCAAAGCCCACAAAGCAAGCAGCACAGAAGGAAGACCCAGGCAGUGAGUUCUCUGGUGACUCCUAUCUGGUCCACUGAACUGAGAGGGUGCAGAGGAGAAAGAGAGCCCAGGGUCCCACAAAGGCCUAGGCAGCACCCCAGCCAUUGCUCACCAUUGGUACUGAUGGUCCCAUCCUCAUAUUUUCUGACGAGCACCAAGUCCACAAAAUCUCUGGGAGAAAUGAGCUUCAUGGCAGCUGAGGGGGUAGAGGUUCUGCUUACGCACAGCGUCUGCCAAAGCAAAGGGGAGCCCAGCUGCAUCUGGUGGCCAGACAUCUUCUCCCUGCCCCCACUCCACCCCUGGGCUCAUCAACCCAUUCCCAUUCCCAGGGACUGAAAAGCAGAGACAGCAUUGACAGUAGGUUGGCCCUACGACCUGGAGGGUCAAGAAUGAGGCCCUUCUAAAAGAAUCAGCUUUCACUGAAAUAUACCCCAUUUAGAAAAUCUAAGACUGACAUUGGUUGCUUAUGGCCAUCUAGUCACUCUGAGGUUAUAUCCCAAGAGGGAUUAUAAGAGUUACCAUUAUUGAGUACCUAGCAAGAGCCUGGUCAGACCAAAGCUCUCUUUUAUUCCCUCACUGUUAUUAACCCAUUUGAUGGGUGAGGAAACUGAGGCUUGGAGUGGUUAAGGAACUUACCUACAAAGCUCACAGUGGAAAUGGAAUCUGAAGAGAGUCAGGAUUAGGGUGAGGCAAGAAACGCUCUAGGGCUCAACAUUGAAGGAGGCACACCUUUUUUAAGGCCAAUCCUGCACUUGCACAACCUUGAGAAUAAGUGUAUCCUUAACAGUUGUGCCCUAGGUGGCUCUCUGCUUUCACCCUAGUGCUGGCUCUAGGGGGGGCACCUCUCAAACCCCAUCCAACUUCAAAAUAUCCCAUCCAUCCACUCUCCAACUUGCUAAACUAAGGACACUCUGAACCCCUUUAUUGCACUAUCCCCUCCUCCAGCAGGACUCCAGCUGUCUCAAGGUCACAAUGAAGUAGAGGUCAGGUUUGAAGAAGUCUGGGGGUGAGAAAGGAUUGGAAAAGUUCUCUUCCUCAUCUCUGUUCGGUAUUAAGACUUGGGGCACCACAGGCUGAGAGCCCUUUUGCCAGAGGCAUCUUUGACUCAGAGUAUUAGUCUUCAAGGUGGGCACGUGAUCCCUAGGUGUACAUGAGCACUUUCCAAUGGGGGGGGUGGGGUUUAGGACUCAGUUUCCAGAUGAGCCAACCUCCACGUGUCCUUCCUAACAUGACCCACCUGAGAGCAAGCUGCACAUUCAUGCAGGUCUCCCCUCCCACUUGACCCCCUCCCACUGGAAAAAUCACGCAUGGCCCCCACCCAUCUGCCAUCAUCCUAUCAGGCAUUGUCCUGGGGUGUAAAAUCCCCAGGGUGCCAGAGAGACAGUUAGGGAUACUGGUUUCAAUGUUAAAUCAAAGCACUGUACACUGGGGUCAGAAUUUCAUGUCUUCCCCUUCCUUAAGCAUAUUCUUAUUAAAGGCACAAGUGUGGUAUUAGAAACAUAGUAAUUUGCCUUUUCUGAAUUCUGAUAUCUUGUAGAUGGGGUAACAGAAGUGAUUUUUUUUUUUUUUUUUUUAAAUAGUCAUACCCCUUCACCCUUGAUAAUUGCUAAAAAAAAAAAAAAAAGAAAGAAAGAAAAAAAAUCCAUCAUUGCUGGAGACGAUCUGAAGACCAAGAUGAAGAGGACAUUGGUGAGAUAUACUGAAGGCGGCAGUAUAUGUUAUAAAUGCAACGAACUCAUGGCAUGGCUGUGUCUUUUCCUCCUUCCUUCUCUCUCCCCCUCCCUUCCUUCCCCCCAUCUAUCAUCCAUCCAUCCAUCUCUGUAUCUUAUCUAUCCAUCCACCCAACCACCUAGCCACCCACUCACCCACCCAUCCAUUCAGCCAUCAUCUAUCCUAGAAUUCAAAAUAUGAGAUUUGUUAAAAACAUGCUGAGAAAUAUCAAUCUGCAAGGAAGAGCCAUUUCUCUGCAUUUUUGUCCUUUUAGUAAUGAUAAAUAGCUACCAUUUGUCAGUGCGUCUCUGCUUUUUUAUAAACCUGAGCUUACCGUAGCCCAUACUUUCCCUUCUGCACUGUUAAUGUCUAUUGAAGGCUGUAUCUUUCUAGCAAUAAGCCAUGUCUUUUCAUGGACACAUGAGCUAAUUAGAAAAAGAGCUCCCAUUCAUCUCAUGGAGAGAUGCAAAAUAUUUUACUUUUUACAUUUAACAGUUCUUCGUCAAAAUUUGUAAUACAAUCAUUUUAAAUAAAUUACAACCGCAACUCAAUCCAGAUUUUUUUAACACUCAGAGUCUUAUGAUCACAGGAAAUGACUUUUACGUAUAUAUCAUUAAUUUACACACAUAUUUAUGAUGCAGAGAAGUGCGGCAGGAUGAUCAAUAAAAGCAUUUCAUGAAUAGAUUAUAUUUGGAUAAAAUUCAGUGGACUAAAUAGAAAGGAAAUUUGAGUUUGGGGAAAAAAAUUAUAUAAAAUUUCCAACAAUUCAAGAAGAGUUUGCUCACAUAUUUUUUAAAUGGAUAAUGGUACAUAAAAAUUCAUGUUAUUUAGACUCAUCUAAAAGAAAGAUGUUUUUGCUUUAUCUUAAAUUGCUAGAUUUAUUGCAUGUCAAAAACAAAAUGCUUUGCAAUUUAUGAAAACAUUAGAUGUCAACUAAAUGUUAGCUGUCAACUAGAUAUGUGGGGGAUAAUAUAUAAUUUCUAAAAAAUAUGUUGGAGGUAUGCGAGCAAAAAGUUUGAAGACCCUUGCACUACAGGACUCACUGGGGCCAGGCAGGGGAUGGGGAGCUGGCUGAUUUGGGUUGACGCGGGCCCAGCCUUCAGGGAAGUGGGUGUCAGGGAUUGCGGGUCCAGUAAAGCCUGGCUCAGCAGCCCUGGGUGGAGAAGUACACUGGUCCCCCUUGGGGAUGAACCAGGGCGCCUAGGGGAGGGAGGGAGACCUCACCAGCACCCCCCCCGAAAGCCCAAGAAGACAAAAACAACCUGUACUGAAGUAGAACUGCCCAGGGGUGAGCGCCUGGCUUUCUGUGGUUCUGGCAAACGAGGGAAAGAGAGAUGCUUACAGAGUAGCCACGAGGACAGCACGUCAUUUGUGGGGCCUCUGAGGGAUCAGGACAGCGGGACCCACGACUGGAGCCAGGUGAAGGCUGAGGGCUGCAAAGAAGCUCUGCAGCUGCUCUGGGAGGUGGCACGAGUAGUGGCUAGGAGCCUGGGGAUCCGUAGUCACCUGCCAGCUCUCAGCUCCCACUCUGCCUCUUAUGACCCGUGUGAACUUAGGCGCCUCUCUUUACCUCUGCGAAACUGUCCUCACUGCCCCCCAGGGUUUCAGUUUAAGUGCUCUGAGCAUGUAACACAGUUUAAUAAAAGGACUCAGUAAAUGACAGCGCUUAUCAUUUUUAUGGUUGCUAUGCCAGCUCCGGUAUCAUCUAACAACUUUCUAGGCCUUUCACUCUCUCACCAUCCACCAGUCAUUGUACCAAGACAAAGAGGUGAGAGCAGGCUUGCAUGCCUGCCCUUUACCUUCAGGAAGAACAUUCUACAUGCGGUCAUUCUGUAAUUUCAUUUGUAUUCUCUGUUAAGGACCUUGAUCCUUGGCUCCUCAUCUUCCGUCAUUUGUGUAUCAUUAUUUGCAUAGUAUCUUUACAAUUUUUUGCCAACUCUCCUAUCACCUAUGCUUAGUUACUUAAUAUUUUUCUCUAAAUGUGCUCACUUUUAAAAAUUUUAGAUAAAUUCAUUUUACCAGAACUGGAAAAAAAAGCACUACUAGUUGUAAUAAAAGGCAACUGCAAAAAAAAGAAAAAAUACACAUACACACACAGAGGGGAUUAGAUUCUAAGUCUAAUUCUGAGCCUGUUUUGUUAUAAAAGAGACUAAAAGAAACAAAACAACAAAAACACAGUUGCUGUCAAGUUGACACCAGUUCAUGGCAACCUCACGUGUAUCAGAUUAGAACGGUGCUCCAUGGCUGAUUUUCCCAAAGCAGAUCGCCAAGCCUUUCUUUGCAGGCACCUGUGGGUGGACUCGAACCUCCAACUUUUUGGUUAGUAGCUGAGCAUGUUAACUGUGUGCACCACCCAGGGACUAUGGAGCCAAGUUCUGCUCUGACACACGUGGGGACGCCAUGAGUUAGAAUCCUCUCGAUGGCAACUGGUUACUGCUGAACUUCACUACGUGAUUAAAUUUUAACUUUGACUGUUAGAGACCUAAAAUCACCUUGUGCCUACCCUUCAGAAACAGUGACAUAAACUACUGAGAUAAGGAACUGUGGGAGUGAUCUGAAAUGUGAAUUCUUGGUUCAGGCUAGGAACUUAGGUCCUACUGGCCCACCAGUUGAGAACUGAAGCUUAAGAUUUCACAACACUGUCUGUGUAAGCACCCAAGAGGCUGCUAUGUCCACAGAUGUCAACAUCAAGACACCAUUUAAAUUAAUCAGGUCAACAAUGUUUCUGCGAGGCAACUUUCUUAUUAGCUCUGGUCAUGAUGUUCUUUCCUGAACUUCUAUAAUCAAAAUGAGACAGGAUCUUAAAGCUAGAGAGGAUUCCAGGGCAGGAUCACUUAGAUCUGCAUUGUCUACUAUGGUAGCCGCUAGCCCCAUGGAGCUGUUUAAACUUACACUGAAACUAAUUGAAAAUAAAUAAGAUUAACAGCACUUUUCUCAGUCCUACUUAAAAAAAAAAAAGAAAAAAUACACAUACACACACACAGAGGGGAUUAGAUUCUAAGUCUAAUUC